GCGGGCCGUAAAAGGAAGCCCAUGCAAACUACGUCAAAAAGUCCAAUUCACAAAACCAAGCCCUUCGUAUCUUUACAGUCGGGGUAAUUCGAUCAAGGUUAUCGCUGUAUCCAACCAAAUUAGAACCCUAUCCAGGAAAUCCUUAUCCCUAAGUUUGCAGAAACCGCAAACUGUAACCUAUUCCAGGUCUAAGCUCUUCCAAAUCGAUUCCAAGACGGAGGAUAAGAUUUUUUGUACUUUUUUUUUGUUGCGAGUGCAAAGUGUAUUGGCAGUGAUACAUUUUCUGAAAUUGAGUAAGCGAAUGGGUAUCCGAGCCAGGAAUGGUAAUGAUCGUUUGAGGACUAUUUGGACACCGGAAAUGGAUAGAUUUUUUAUUGGUCUUCUGUUAGAGCAAGUCAGCAAAGGCAAUAAGUUUGAUGAUCAUUUAUUCAGCAAAAGAGCAUGGAAGCAUAUGACCUCAUUGUUCAAUGCCAAGUUCAAAUUUCAAUAUGAAAAGGAUGUUCUGAAAAAUAGGCACAAAACUUUGAGAAAUUUAUACAAGGCUGUAAAGAAGCUCCUUGAUCAGAGAGGGUUUAGCUGGGAUGAAAAUCGGCAAAUGGUGACAGCUGAUAAUAAUUUUUGGGAUGAAUAUAUCAAGAUGCACCCGGAUGCACGUGCAUAUAGGAUAAAAACUAUCCCGUAUUAUAAGGAUUUAUGUUUGAUAUAUGGAGAUGCAAACUUUGAAGAAAAAGGUGACAAUGUGCUAGAGUUGUUGCCAGAUUCAACAGAAAAUGAAACAAUCGAAGGAAAUCAAGCUAAGAGUGUGAACAAGGGAGCUCUGGAGACUUUUCAAGAAAUUACAGUUGAUGAUGAUUACAGAAUCUGUGUGUCAACUGUGGUAGUUGAUGAUUCUGUAUCAAAAGAGUUACUAGAUGAUGUGCAUCAGGCUGCAGCAAAUGCAACAGGAAGCACCGCAAACAACCGCACUAGAACAUAUUGGCAACCUCCAAUGGAUCGCUAUUUCAUUGAUCUUAUGCUUGAACAUAUGCAGAAAGGGAAUCAGAUUGAUGGUGUAUUCCGUAAACAAGCAUGGAUGGAUAUGAUUACAUCCUUUAAUGCUAAAUUUGGCUUUAAUUAUGAUGUAGAUGUUCUAAAAAAUCGCUACAAAACUCUGAGAAGGCAACAUAAUGUCAUAAAGAACCUUCUUGAGUUGCCUGGGUUUGCUUGGAAUGACACUCGUCAAAUGGUGACUGCUGAUGAUUAUGUCUGGCAGGACUAUAUAAAGACACAUACAGAUGCGAGACAGUUCAUGACCCGACCUGUCCCAUACUACAAAGAUUUAUGUAUGAUAUGCAGUGAUCAGAACUUCGACGAAAGUGAUUGCUUCUCGGCACAAUGUUUGGAGCUGCAAAAUGAUUUUCAAGAAGUCAAGUUUCCCAGGGCUUCGCAGAGUUCUCAAUCUCCAGCUGCAUCAAUUUCCAUUGAAGAGGAAUUUGACGACAUGUUUGAGUCUAUACAUACAGCUUCAAGAAAUAUUGUGCUUAGUGGGAAUAAGAAACGUGAGUUAGAAAACCAGUCCAAUUCUGAUUACUCUAAAAGGGCUCGAGGCAAAGAGGAGGGCAUGGCAAGUGCUCUCCGGGAGAUGGCAACUGCGGUUUCAUCUUUAUCAGAUAAAAGGCAGGAUGAGAUUUCAAAUUCUUUUUCGAUAGAGAAUGUAAUUAAAGCAGUUCAAGCUUUGCCAGACAUGGAUGAAGACCUUAUAUUAGAUGCUUGUGAUUUCUUGGAGGAUGACAUGAAAGCUAAAACAUUUAUGGCUUUGGAUGUCAAACUACGAAAGAGAUGGUUAAUAAGGAAGCUUCGUGCAGAUAUUUAGAUCCUUGUGGAGAUAGUUUUUCAUUCUUUGGCAGGUCAUGCAUAUAUGAGGUCUUGGCUCAUAGUCUGCACAGGUUUUAGUUACUUAACAUUAGCUAAUGUAAAUCUUGACUCAUCACUAGAGCUUUAGCUCUGAAACCUUCUUCUCUUAGGCUAUGUUACUUAAAAUGUUUCUGCUCAACUAAUCAAACUUAAAUCUAGUUGACACGUGAAAUGACACCAGAGACAUGUUGUCAGCCUAGAUUGGUUGGUAUGACAUGGAAAACAACCGGUUAUUAAUAGGACUCGAACUUGAGAUUUCUCAUUA